GCCUUUUUGGGUCUAUUUGUAAGCAUUGGGUGAGAAAAAUUUCGUAUCUUUAGGAAACAGGGACUCACUUCCAUCUAUGAUGAGAAGGUCUGCCGUGAUAGUAGUGCAGUUGUAUCAAUCACAGAAGUCUUUUCUCUAGCCUGUAACUCUAUUUUCAUUUUGCUGGCUUUGUUCAUUCAGUCUGUAGCUCUUAUUGAGCCCCCAUCGGCCAGUCUGAGACAAGGCCCCGGCUCUCCUGGGGCUUCUAGUCAGGGGAGGAGAGGUGGACAAGGAUGACAGUAGGCGGCGGGAAGUGAGAGCUACUCUGCUGACGAUUAAGCAAAGUGGUGUGAUGAGGUGUAACCAGGGAACUGUGUUAGGAGAGGUGGUUAGGAAAGACUUCUUUGAGGAAGUCAUUCAUAAACCCAGGAGUGCAUAAGACAGGAAGUGUCGGAUGUGUGGUCAUUUGAGGGGAGAGCGGUCCAAACAGACGGACUGAAACAGAAGGUGAACAAGAGCUUGUGGGAGUCAAGAGCUUGCUUCGUAGCUGGGACUGACAGAGGGUGGACAGGCCAGAGAAGUCUGCGGGACAGGGUCAUGUCGUGCGUGGGGGACAAGAUAAGCUCUCCAGCCCUCCAGCUGGCCAUGUGGUGAGUUCAAGGUCCAAUCCAACAGCACAAGGGAAUUCACACUAGCCCUGAGCCCUGAAGAUGGUGUCACAGUCUUCGAGCCGGCAGGACUCACCUGUGGACCCCUGGGAAGGGGUCAGCGAUGACCCAGGCGACACUGAUGGUUUGCCCAGCCUCCUGGACACUGAGCACCCCUCUUGCCCAUCAGAUAUCAGGUUCACAAGGCACAAAGCUGCCUGGAUUAACCCCCCAUGUAUGCAGCAAGAGCUGCAGGACUCGUUCCCCCAGGGGCUCGCAGUGGGGAACAGAGAGAGCCACACUGUGUCCGACACCAGAUCUCCCUUGGGCGCUUCACCCUUGUCUCUUGGGGACUCCCUGGUGGAGACAUCACUGUCGAAGGGCACCACGGACUCCAUGGGCAGCUCCUCUGCCCGGGGCUCUGCUGGCAACAGCAGUGACUCCUCUCUUACCUCGAAGGAAGAGCGGGCAGUGCUCCCAAGACGCUGUCCUCACACGUCUCUGAUCACGAGCUCCAAGACUGUGUCUGGUCCCCCACGUCCUGAGGAUGGCAGGGCUUUUUUCAAGCCUUCCCAGCUGACAGCUUCUGCUGAUGCAGAUGCUGUUCAAGUUGGCGGAAGAACUAUUUCCUCAAAUUCCUUCUCACCAGAGGCAUUCGUUCUCCCUGUUGAUGUAGAAAAGGAAAAUGCCCACUUUUAUGUUGCAGAUAUGAUUAUAUCCAUCAUGGAGAAAAUGAAGUGUAAUAUUCUAAGUCAGCAGCACUCAGAAACCUGGAGUACCGAAGAGGCCAGCAGGCCACUUGGGAGUGAUCAGGCAGACUUGGAAGGGACCUUUUAUACCCACAUAAAGCAGGAAUCUGGGUCUUCCACUUCAUCUGACAGUGGCUAUGAAGGUUGCGCUGUGUUACAGGUGAGCCCAGUGGUUGAAACACCUACUUUCUCUGAGGUGACGGAAGAGGACUGCAAAUGUGAUUUUGAUGACUUUGUUAUCGUAGAACUUGGAGAUUUCACCAAUACCACAGAGCCCUGUGGAUGUUCCUUCGACACCUGUAAGAGUGUCAUUCAUGAGCCAAACUUCAAUUCUGCUGAGCUGAUAGCCAAAGAGUUAUACCGCGUAUUCAAGAAAUGCUGGAUGCUGGCAGAAGUUCAUUAUCAGCUGGCAGGCUCCCUCGAUGAAGCUGGCUCCAUAGUUGUAAACGAAGAACGGGUCCAGAAAGACUUUGAAUCCAGCACAGAUGUCGUCCAGGAAAUUAAACUGAAGUCGAGGAUCAGAGGGACUGGAGACUGGGCGCCCCCUAGGUUUCAAAUCAUAUUUAAUGUUCACCCACCACUCAAGAGGGAUCUCGUGGUAACAGCCCAAAAUUUUUUCUGUGCUGGCUGUGGAACUCCAAUAGAACCUAAGUUCGUGAAGCGGCUCCGGUACUGCGAAUACCUGGGGAAGUACUUCUGCGACUGCUGCCACUCGUACUCGGAGUCCUACAUUCCCGCCCGGAUCCUCAGGAUGUGGGACUUCCGGAAGUACUACGUCAGCAACUUCUCCAAACGCCUGCUGGACCACAUAUGGCAUGAGCCCAUCUUCAACCUGCUGCACGUCAGCCACGGCCUGUACACGAAGGCCAAGGAACUGGACAGAGUGAGGGAAAUCCAGGAGCAGCUAUUUCAUAUCAAGAAGCUGUUGAAGACCUGCAGGUUUGCUGAAAGCACAUUGAAGGAGUUUGAGCAGCUUCCAGGACACUUGACGGAGGCACUCCACUUGUUCUCCCUGGAGGACAUGGUCAAGGUCAAGAAAGGGCUGCUGGCGCCCUUGCUCAAGGACAUUCUGAAAGUUUCCCUCGAGCACGUGGCCAGCUGUGAGCUGUGUCAAGGAAAAGGCUUCAUCUGUGAAUUUUGCCGGAGUACAGCUGUCAUUUUCCCAUUUCAGACUGCAACGUGUAGAAGAUGUUCAGCAUGCAGAGCUUGCUUUCACAAGCAGUGCUUCCAGUCCUCCAAGUGCCCCCGGUGUGCGAGGAUCACAGCGAGGAGAAGACUUCUGGAAAGUCUGCCCUCUGCAGCGACAUGAUGUACUUGACUAUAGCGAGAAAGACUGUGCAACAUGCCUUACGAUCAUAUUGCUUUUGUCUCCUGUUGAUAACAUUGUUUUGACUAUUGUCUAUUAAGAAAAAAGAUGACCAAUAUUCUGUUUAUUAUAUAUAUUUAAUAUUUUUGGAGACUGUGGAUUCUUUGUUAUUAAGAGUAAAGUUGUUACUGGUGCCAAAGAAUGCUCAAACUACCGCACAAUUGCACUCAUCUCACACACUAGUAAAGUAAUGCUCAAAAUUCUCCAAGCCAGUCUUCAGCAAUACGUGAAUCAUGAACUUCCAGAUGUUCAAGCUGGUUUUAGAAAAGGCAGAGGAACCAGAGAUCAAAUUGCCAAUAUCCGCUGGAUCAUUGAAAAAGCAAGAGAGUUCCAGAAAAACAUCUAUUUCUCCUUUAUUGACUAUGCCAAAGCCUUUGACUAUGUGGAUCACAAUAAACUGUGGAAAAUUCUGAAAGAGAUGUGAAUCCUGACCACCUGACCUGCCUCUUGAGAAAUUGUAUGCAGGUCAGGAAGCAACAGUUAGAACUGGACAUGGAACAACAGACUGGUUCCAAAUAGGAAAAGGAGUACGUCAAGGCUGUAUAUUGUCACCCUGCUUAUUUAACUUGCAUGCAGAGUACAUCAUGAGAAACGCUGGACUGGAUAAAGUGCAAGCUGGAAUCAGGAUUGCUGGGAGAAAUAUCAAUAACCUCAGAUAUGCAGAUGACACCACCCUUAUGGCAGAAAGUGAAGAAGAACUAAAGAGCCUCUUGAUGAAAGUGAAAGAGGAGAGUGAAAAAGUUGGCUUAAAGCUCAGCAUUCAGAAAACUAAGAUCAUGGCAUCUGGUCCCAUCACUUCAUGGCAAAUAGAUGGGGAAACAGUGGCUGACUUUAUUUUUAUGGGCUCCAAAAUCACUGCAGAUGGUGACUGCAGCCAUGAAAUUAAAAGACACUUACUCCUUGGAAGGAAAGUUAUGAUCAACCUAGACAGCAUAUUGAAAAGCAGAGACAUUACUUUGCCAACAAAGGUCCGUCUAGUCAAGGCUAUGGUUUUUCCAGUGGUCAUGUAUGGAUGUGAGAGUUGGACUAUAAAGAAGGCUGAGUGCUGAAGAAUUGAUGCUUUUGAACUAUGGUGUUGAAGAAGACUCUUGAGAGUCCCUUGGACUGCAAGGAGAUCCAACCAGUCCAUCCUAAAGGAAAUCAGUCCUGAAUAUUCAUUGGAAGGACUGAUGCUGAAGCUGAAACUCCAAUAUUUUGGCCACAUGAUACAAAGAGCUGACUCAUUUGAAAAGACCCUGAUACUGGGAAAGAUUGAGGGCAGGAGGAGAAGGGGACGACAGAGGAUGAAAUGGUUGGAUGGCAUCACCAACUCAAUGGACAUGGGUUUGGGUGGACUCUGGGAGUUGGUGAUGGACAGGGAGGCCUGGCGUGCUGCAAUCCAUGGGGUGGCAAAGAGUCAGACAGGACUGAGCAACUGAACUGAACUGAACUGUUACUGGUGAUUUUGUUUACAAAUGUUCAAUGUUUUUGCUGCUACUGGUGUUUUUUUUUUUACGGUUUUUGAUACUUCUUAAAUUGUAUUUGAAUGGUUGUAUUUAGCUAAUGGUGGAGCCUAUUUUUUAUGAAUUGUAACUGACAAGAUGAUUACUCAGUUCCUAUUCCUAUAAAGCUUGUUUUGUGAAAGAAAUGGUACUUUCAAUGAACAAAAACUGCAAGCAAAAA